CACCUGCGGCCGAAGAAGCGGGCCGUCAGCAGCCUGUGAACACCGCAGUGCAUGCUACCGCUCAGCCAGCCUGACCCUCUCCGCUCGCCUUUCUUCCACGGCAGCGACGACGCGGAGGAAAACAGACGUCCUGUCUGUGAUUUCCCCCCUUUUUUUUAAAAAAAUCCCCCAAAACACAGGAGGUGUCGCCGCGUCCUGGAAGGCCCUGCCUGCUCCCCUCCCGUCUGCCCGCAGUGCGGUGUAAAAAGGACAGAAUUCAGAAGAUAAAGUUGCUGGUUUCACGCUGAGUUCAAACUUCGGUUUUUCCAGUGCCAGACUUUCUGCAGAGUCAAAGGUGCUGCGGGGGCGAGGCUGCUCGCAGGUCAAAACAAGCCUGACGCCAUGGAUGUGGAUGAGGAAGAAAACAUGAGUUCAAGCAGCACAGACGUUAAGGAAAACCGAAACCUGGACAACGUGUCCUGCAAAGACGGGAUGGGAGUCGGUGAUCAGCUCCCCAAUGGAAGCGGCCAUGGCAGUCGAAAGCGGCCCUUAGAGGAGGGUAACAAUGGCCACACGCAUUCCAAGUUCCGGGCCAAGAAGCGCAAGAAAACACCAGGGCCGGUGCUGCCAAAGAAUGCCCUGAUGCAGCUGAAUGAGAUCAAACCAGGUCUGCAGUACAAACUGCUGUCUCAGACUGGGCCGGUCCAUGCACCAGUCUUUGUCAUGACUGUGGAGGUCAAUGGGCAGAUGUUUGAGGGCAUGGGUCCGACCAAGAAGAAGGCUAAACUGAACGCAGCUGAGAAAGCGCUGCGUUCCUUUGUUCAGUUCCCCAAUGCAUCUGAGGCUCACCUGGCCAUGGGCCGCACGCUGACAGUGAAUACGGACUUUACAUCAGACCAAGCGGACUUCCCUGACAUGCUCUUCAAUGGCUUUGAGACACCAGCUGCACCUGAGGAGUCCUUCUAUCUAGGUUCCAAUGGUACAAACUCGCUAGGGGAGUAUCCAUUACCCACACCACCUGGCAGCAACCUUGUCCAGGCUCCAUUGCCCCCCUCAUCUGCAUUCAGCUCCCCCUCCACUGGCAAAAACCCAGUCAUGAUCCUCAAUGAGCUCAGGCCAGGCCUCAAGUACGACUUUGUCUCAGAGAGUGGUGAGAGUCAUGCCAAGAAUUUUGUGAUGUCAGUAACUGUGGACUCACAGACAUUUGAAGGCUCAGGGCGCAACAAAAAGCUGGCAAAAGCCCGGGCAGCACAGGCCGCCCUCUCUGCUCUCUUCAACAUGCAGCUAGACCAGACACCGUCCAGGCAACCCAUACCAAGAGAGGGGUUGCAGCUUCACCUUCCCCAGGUCCUGGCUGACGCCGUCUCCCGCCUGGUGGUGGACAAGUUCAGUGAGCUGACAGACAACUUCACCUCCCCCCAUGCGCGACGAAAAGUCCUGGCAGGAGUCGUCAUGACAACAGGGACUGAUGUGAAGGAAGCACAGGUCAUCUGUGUCUCCACGGGAACCAAGUGCAUCAACGGUGAGUACAUGAGCGACCGCGGCCUGGCACUUAACGACUGCCAUGCUGAGAUAAUCGCCCGGCGCUCGCUCAUCAGGUACCUCUACACCCAGCUGGAGUUCUUCCUCAGCAACAUCAAAGAGGACCACCACAAGUCCAUAUUUGUGCCAUGCGACAAGGGAGGCUACAGAUUAAAGGAUAACGUCCAGUUCCACCUCUACAUCAGCACCUCGCCCUGCGGAGACGCCAGGAUUUUCUCUCCGCACGAAGCCGGAGUGGAAGAUCAGGGAGACCGACACCCAAACCGCAAAGCAAGAGGCCAGCUCCGGACCAAAAUCGAGUCAGGGGAAGGCACCAUUCCUGUACGGUCCAGCAACACCAUCCAGACCUGGGAUGGCGUGCUUCAGGGAGAGAGAUUGCUCACCAUGUCCUGCAGUGACAAGAUUGCAAGGUGGAAUGUGGUGGGCAUCCAGGGCUCGUUGAUGAGCUACUUCACUGAGCCCAUCUACUUCUCCAGCAUCAUCCUGGGCAGCCUUUACCACGCCGACCACCUCUCCAGGGCCAUGUACCAGCGCAUUGCCGACAUCGAGGACCUGCCUCAGCAGUUCACCCUCAACCGGCCUCUCCUCAGCGGGAUAAGCAACGCUGAGGCCAGGCAGCCGGGCAAGGCACCAAACUUCAGCGUGAACUGGACGGUGGGCGACCAGGCGCUGGAGGUGAUCAACGCCACGACGGGGAAGGACGAUAUGGGCCGCCCUUCAAGACUCUGCAAACACGCCCUUUACAGCCGCUGGGUGCGCCUGCACACCAAGCUGUCAUCCAUCCUGCGGAUAAAAGUGCCCAAGCCCAGCUCCUACCACGAGGCCAAGCAGGCGGCCAUGGAGUACCACUCUGCUAAAAAGGCUCUCAUCAAGGCCUUCCACAAGGCCGGCCUGGGGGCCUGGGUCAAAAAGCCCAUCGAGCAAGACCAGUUCACCCUCAGCUCCUGAUUGAGUCCGUGGACCAAAUGGGGGCGGGGGGGGUUCCCAACGCACCAGCUCCUCCCUCCCUGCCUGACCCAGGCCGGAAAGCUUAAAGAGCAACCGGGCAUUUUAUUUUAUUUCCGUCCCCAUGUGUGAGCUACGCGCGUGCACUUUUCACCUGCGUGGUUUCACUAACUCUUCACAGCUCAUCAUUCCUCAGAGGACCUCCGCCUCAUCUUAUUUCUCAUCUGUGAUUUUAAGCCUAUAAUUUUGAUUUGACUCAUUCUUCUGUUUUUAAACUGGAACCAUUGUUGGCAUUUUUUUGUUUUUCCCAAUCACCCAGUUGUUUGUUUUCAGGACAAAAAUCGUGAACCUUAUGCUGUAGAUGUGGGAAAAAAAAGGUGGCUAUUACACAGUUUUUUUUUUCUUUUUGCGAAAUGAGUGUAGCCAUCUAAGGGUAAAAUGUAGCAUAGAGAAUUUUUUUUAUUGACUAAAACCGAUGUGUAUGGACCUAAAGAUAUAUACUUGCUAAAAUCGAAAACGGUGAUCUUUAAUUUAAUUAUCAUAAAUCGUCAAGAUGUAAAUCUAGUUUCAAAAAGUGAAAAUAAUGUAGGUAUAACAUAUAAUGUGUGUUAUAUUGAUGCGUACUUAGCCCCUUUUAUUAAAGGUGAAAAUGUUCUAAAACAAUGUCGCCCUGUUUGAUUGACUCACAACAGAAAAAGAUUCUGGACAGGUGUGACUGCAGUUUAACACUCAUUUUACGUUUUAUGAUUUUAUUUUAUUUUUCUCAUUCAUGUAUUCAUUAAUUUGAUCUCAAAGGUGUUUCCCGUCACUGUCACUUCAUACUUGAACAUCCGGAUGGGUCAAAUUGGACUCCUCCCCCUUGCCUGGGUCCCGGGACGAAGCUUUAGGAGGCGCUGCACGUUGUAUUUUUAUUCCUUGAUUUAUUUAUUUUUCUUUUUGAAUCCAUGGCUUUGCAUGGAAACUGAACUGGGAGGCUUGCCGAGCAGAAAACAAGGCGACGAGGAACUCUAUGCGUCAAUGAUUUUGAAUGAAUGCCAGCAACCUUCUCCACAGGCAGCUUUGAAUCUUUGUCUCUAUUUUCUAAAUUUCUUGUGAUUGAUUGAAUGAUUUGGGGUUCGAGAGAGGAGGGGUUUCUUUUCUUCUUCUUCUUGUUUUUUUUUUUUUUUAAGUUCAUUUUCUGUGUUCCCUUAUCAGAAAAGAAAUAUUGGGGAUGAAACUGCUGCGAGAACAGCGACAGUGCAACAAACUUCUCAGACCUUGUAUUUACACCACGGAGCCCCGUGACAGCUGUCAGAUCAGAUAAUAGUAGAUGUCCUGUAGCACACAUGGUACAAUGUAUGAAGCUAGAUUCAAGAUCUGCCACAUUAAGCCCAUCUGUGGUGGCUGUGAUGCAAGCAUGUCGCAAAUCUCCACACCAUUGUCCUUGGAAGCACCCUCACAAGACCGUGCAUGAACAGACUCAGAAGCUGUACGCUAAAACUUGAUGCCAGUAGUUUCCAACCAAAUGUACAGUUUUACAAUUUGAUGUUCGGCCUCCUGUAUUAACAGCCCUCUGUGUAUUAACUCCUGUUCACCGUGAGUCGGUACGCUCCCAUGUUUUAAACUGGUCAGUGAAGAUGCAUUUCUAAGAAACUUCAGUCAAUUCCUGUUUCCAGCUGUAGGAAAAAAAAAAAAUAAUAAUAAUGUUUGCGUGUGAAAUUCGUGUGUGCUCAGGUGUCUUUCAGCAUACUCAGUUAAAUUUUCACCAAAGAUGUAGAUUAUCACGUGUUUCUCCCCAGUGUUUUCUUCUAAGCGCCUGUUUUCUAAUAGGUGGACAUUAUUUCGACAUUUGCCCUUUACUGGCUUUUUCUUUCUUUUUUUCUUUUUUGUGACUCUGCACAAUGUUCUUGUGUUUUGUGCAACAACAACAACAAAAAAAGACACAGUAUGUUCCAUAUUGGGCAGAAAAAGUCAGGCUUCUUUAGUGCAAAUGUAGCUGUCAGCAACCACCGUGCAUUUUGUGACCUGCAAUCAUAACUGUUGCAAUAUACUUAUUGUAUAUAAAUAAGGAACAGCAACUGGCAAAUUUUCCCUCUGUGAAAACCUUUUGGAUCACUCCUUCGUCAGUGGGAAUGUGAAGAUGUUACUGUUCCUAUAUAUGAGUUUGUGACUCACCGGCUACAGCCGCUGUACAGCAUGGCACCAACACUUCCAGAGUCGACAUGAUUCAUCCCCAUUGUAGCAAGACCGACACAGCAGGAAGGAAAAAAGCAGCACUGUUACAUUUCUCCUCCACCAGCUAGCACUUUUGAUGUCAUUUACAGUUGUUCGUGUCUGCUUGGUUUAAUUUCAUUUUUAAGCUAUUAUACGAAAAACAGAGCUGUGUUCAAAAUGUUCACUUACUCUUUAUUGCAUUAACUGUAUAGAAAAACUGAACGGUGGACAGAUGUAGCCAGCUUUUUUUUUACUUUGCAAACAUAAAUUCUGCUGUCAUUUGUAAAUACGUCUAUUCCCUGUUACAUAUUGCAUAAACAAACACCAGCAGCAAACAUGGUAAUAUAUUAAAUGAUUUAUUUUAUUUAUUUAUUUUUGCUGAAAAUAAAACAAAAGUUAGCAUUAGCAUGCUAACUUAAGUUUUAUCGUUGUUGGUCGAUCAAGGCACCAUAGAUUUUGUUUGGUUUAAUGUACACUAUUGCCACUGUACUGAUAUAUUUUUAUAUAUCAUUUUACAUAGGGGAAGGGAAGUGACUGUUAGUUAGCUGUGGAUGUUAACAGUAGCAUGCUAACAUUAACGUUACCACGCUCGGUUAGCUAAAGCUACAAUAUAUUAGAAUGGAAGUAGAUUCACUACUUUUACUGUAUGAUGUCAAAUUUUUAGUGCACUAUGGAGUGAAUGUAAGUUAUAGAUAAUUAGCUCUGGAUGUUAAGAUGUAACGCUGGAGUUAGUCACCAGCAACCCCCUCGACCCCAUGAGGGAUUAAGCGGGUCAGAAAAUGGAUGGAUGGAUGUUAACAUGUUUGGAAAAGUAUACAGCUUAAAGCCGUGCAGUUUUCCAAAGUUUAUAAAACUUCAUGUUGACAGUGGUCAAACACUAGAAACUCUGAUCUUAACAUGGACUUUUCAACAAAAGGAGGAAAGCUGUUAUUUGCAAAUGCAGUUUCCUAAUUAGCUUUGUGUGCUAACAUACAAAGCUAACACUGUCCUAAAUUUGUGUUUCUUGGUUAGCUUACAACACUACAUUGUGACUAAUGUAAUGUACACCACUUUUACUGUCACAUUAACUGUAUUUAAUGCUAACACUAACAUGCUAAAGAGAAUUUCACUCUGCCGUUUUCAGACUCAAGUCAAAAACUAUGCCUCCAUUAUUUUCUAUAAAAGAAACCACUGCAGCGGUUGACUCAAAGGCUUGGGGCCCAGCAAUCCUUUUUGCAACAUGUUCUAUUCAGGAGACUUUGUACUUCAGCAUCGGAUAGAAAUGUAAAUGCAACUAUGUUCUGUCUCCCACUGCUGCUCUCUUUCUGUGCUGCUUAGGUUGUUUUUCUGGUGAGAAAAUUAGUUCAAAAUUGACAAGGGCAGAUUCAUUUUUUGAGGUUGAAAAAAUAUCCAGCCAUAUAUGGCCAACUAUCUCACUCUAAAAGAAAAUUGCAAUUAAAGAUAUCACCUGGUUAUCAAUCUCUAAAAUGACUGGCAGCUGUGGUAAGAAAUCAAGAAUAAGGGAAGUUAUAAAGAAGAAAUGCUAAUUUAAGUUGUUUAUAAGAUUCAAAGAGGGAGUAUUUUGCACUAUCAAAUUCCUUUUAGUACAGUAAGUAAUUUAUUUGUUUCUUAAGUUAGGCUAUGCCACAAGGUGUUCCAACAAUAACAUGUUGAACAAUAACCAUCAGCUCUUUAAGUACUUUGGUAGCUGAAUUCCAGAACACAUUAUUGUGGAUGUAAAGUUAAUUAAGUGAGUAUUUUUAAAGUGCUGGUGGAGUUUUCACUUGUGAAACAAACUGACCAACCCAACAUUGUUUUAUGAACAGUGAACCUUUACCUACCGUUACCUUUUGGAGUUUAUAAAUAUAUUGUACCUCACCUCUCACAGGCACUAGUCCCCCUACAAGGGACCAUGCAAGGAUAAGCGGAUCUAGAGCAUGGAUGGUUGAAUUGAAAUUAGCUUGUGUGGAUGUUUAGCAUGCUAAUGUUAGCAUAGGUAUGCUAACAUUCAAUGCUAAUUAACACAAUUUUCAUCUAGGCUACAGUAGGGUGACCACACGUCCCUGUUGUGGAUGACCUUCGCCUGGUAAAAGUUUCCCCAGAAAUGUCCCUGAUUUUAAUGUUUAUGAAUAAGGGGAAAAAAGUUGUAUAUAGCUAUAUAGCUAUUACCUGGUCCUGCGCUUCCACCCUCCCGUCAACAUAGCGGGUUGACCAAAAUCAACACCCCACCCUCCCUAAAUUGUGGG